AUGGCUGAAGAAGAUCACGUUUUCGAAACCGCUGAUGCCGGUUCAUCAUUAACUUACCCACAACAAUGUUCUGCUUUAAGAAAAAAUGGUUUUGUUGUUAUUAAAAACAGACCAUGUAAAAUUGUUGAUAUGUCUACCUCCAAGACUGGUAAGCAUGGUCACGCUAAAGUCCAUUUAGUCGCCAUUGAUAUCUUCACCCAAAAAAAAUUGGAAGAUUUAUCACCAUCUACCCAUAACAUGGAAGUUCCAUUUGUUAGAAGAACUGAAUUCCAAUUAUUAGAUAUUGAUGAUGGGUUCUUAAACUUGAUGACCCCAGAUGGUGAAACCAAAGAUGAUGUCCGUGCCCCAGAAGGUGAAUUAGGUGACAACAUCCAAUCUGCUUUUGAUGAAGGUAAAGAUUUAUUAGUUACCAUCAUUUCAGCUAUGGGUGAAGAAGCUGCUAUUUCUUUCAAAGAAGCUCCAAAAUAA